AACAUUCAGGGCUCGGGCAGAGGACACAACAGUGAUAAAGAGUAAGGGAUGAAAUAAAGUUAUGCGUUAGCCAGGAAUUUUCUGAGCUGCAACCCCGGAAAACAUCGUCGUCAUGUCGGACAGCGUGGGAGGAUGACCGGAUAGCUGCAUCUUCCCAACUGCACAGGAGCUGGAAGAGAGAUGCCCUUCAUGAUGAAGUGUGCUGUGAUUCUUUUAUUAACAUCAAGCUGCUUCACCUGGUCUUCAGCUAUAUAUACCAACAGCAGAGCAGCAUCCAAGAAGCUGAAGUAUCUCCUCGAGUCGCCGGUGUACCCAGAGGUCGCCGGCCGACGAGGAGGUAAUGUCACUUUGCCGUGCAUCAUCAGAGUGAAGCCCAGCCAUUACAAGGUUAAAUGGACAAAGCUGCAGCCAGAACACGUCGGGCCGGAGAACAUUAUCAUGAUAUCAAAUGCGCAUGCCUUCAAGCCGUACGGCCCCCUCGGACAGCGGGCUUCUCUCCUGAAGGCUCACACCAUGGACGCCUCCCUGCACCUCAGCCAUCUUGAGCUGGAAGAUGGCGGCACGUAUCGCUGUGAGCUGGUCAAUGGCAUCGAGGACGAAAGCGUUGAUGUUACUUUGAGGAUUGAGGGUGUGGUUUUCCCAUAUCAGAGUAAACACGGUCGCUACAAAUUCACUUACCAUGAAGCCAAGGAGGCCUGUGCUGAACAAGAUGGCAUAUUAGCCUCGUACAGCCAGCUCUACAGAGCCUGGACCGAGGGUCUGGACUGGUGUAACGCAGGUUGGCUCCAUGAUGGAACCGUUCAUUACCCGAUCAUUCAUCCUCGACCCGUCUGUGGAGGAGAGCUGCUCCCAGGCAUCCGCAGCUACGGGCCAAAGGAUAAGAAUCAUGAUCGGUUUGAUGCUUUCUGCUUCACCUCCCAGAACAGUGGCUCCCUCUUCUACAUAUCGGGGUCUUUCUCCUUCGAGCAGGCAGAACGGGCUUGUAGACGUGUGGGAGCGGAGCUAGCGCUGGUCGGCCAGCUUUACGCCGCCUGGCGCUUCCAAAAGUACGAUCAGUGCGACGGCGGUUGGCUCAGAGAUGGGAGUGUGCGCUUUCCCAUCAGCAACCCCAGGGAGCGCUGUGGAGGCAUCCCCGAGGCAGGGGUGCGCUCAUUCGGAUUCCCCAACAAGUCGACGCAUCUUUAUGGAUCCUAUUGCUAUAGGUAGCCAAAAAAAAUUAAGAAACAAAUACAAUUUUUACAUCUGUGCCUCUGUGUAAGUAGGAAAGCUCGAGAGGCCCAGAGUUCACUGUGCAGUACAUAAAGCUUGAUCCACCAAUGGAUUGGUCCAAAUGAGAAACCUCCUACCUGAAAUUCCAAUUACUGGCAGUAUUUCUUGUACUUUAUUCAUGUCAGUGUGUAAUGCUUUUGGAGAUUUCUUAGUUCAUAGCCCUGUUUCUAUUUAACUUGGUAGAUCCAGAUUUAAUCUAGAGGUCAGAGAGAAGAGCAGCUUUAAAUUAUCUCCUAAAUUCACCCAAAUAUCUCAAAAAUAAAAGGACACCCAGUGAUCGGGCCAGACAUCUGCUGAUUCUUCACAUAACUUAAAGUCUUUUUAACAGGUUUAUUUCUUCUGCAUGAGAUAACAAAAAUGCAAAUCUCUGACAUACAAAAGGAAUGUAUUUUUUCCCCAGGGUGCUUGCUACCAGCCAAAAUGCUGCUAAAAUUAGUUUGUGGCUGGUAAACCUUCAUCUUCUCUCCUGCAGUCAUUCUCUCAAACGUACUAAUGAGCCAGUAAAACAGAGAACUUCACUGAUGACACGAGCUGCUGGGACCGAUGGAAUAAUUAGCAGACUGGAAGUAAUUAGUAUGUGAUUCGUGCACAAUCAUCAGUAACACAGUUUUGGCAGUUCUGCCAAGUGUGUCCAUUUAACGCCACUCUGAUCUGCUUCCUGUGAGUUCAUCCGAGGACGCUAAAAGCUACUUAAAGAAUGAAAUGGGCUGUCUGUUAAUGACGUGUAAUUUAAUUUAUUCAAUAAAAACGCAUCCACGUGUCAGCAUAUUAAUCUGUAAAUAAAGUAUUUGUAAAUUGGC